CGGUUGUCCGUCAACCCUAAGGAUGUUUUGGCCGGCAACAAUGCCCCCGUCGGCGAGCUGCCGCCCACCAAAUGCACCGUCGAAGGCCGGCUGCCCAGUUGCCUCGAGGGCGCCUACAUCCGCAAUGGGCCGAACCCGCAGUUCAUCCCAAUGGGCGCCUACCAUCCGUUCGACGGCGAUGGGAUGUUGCACGCCAUCCGAAUCUCUGGUGGGCACGCCACGUUCUGCAGCCGCUUCGUCCGAACGCACAGGUUCAACAAGGAGGAGGAGGCGGGGUUGCCCAUCUACCCCAACUUCUUCGCCCUAGAAGGCGCCGCCAGGUUUGCAAGGGUUGUCGUGUUCGCGGUGAGGGUGCUUACCGGCCAGAUCAACCCCAUGAAUGGCGUGGGGCUCGCCAAUACAAGCCUGGCAUUUUUUAACAACAAGCUCAUGGCGUUGGAGGAGUUGGACCUCCCCUACGUCGUGAAGCUCACGCCGGACGGCGACAUCGAGACUGUUGGCCGGUGGGACUUCGGCGGGAAGGUCCAGCCGAGCAUGACUGCUCACCCGAAGGUCGACCCUAUCACCGGCGAGGUCUUCGCCUUCCGUUAUGGCCCGAUCCCUCCGUUUCUAACCUACUUCAGAAUAGGAGUCAAUGGCAAGAAGCAACCGGACGUGCCCAUCUUCUCCUUCCCGCAGCCUUCCUUCGUGCACGACUUGGCCCUCACCGAGCGGUACGCCAUCUUCCCCGAGAUGCAGAUCGUCAUGCAACCACUAGCAAUAUUCACGGGAUUCGGAGCAUAUAUGAAAUAUGAUGCCGGAAAAGUCUCACGCGUGGGGAUAAUCCCACGCUAUGCCAAAGAUGAGUCGGAGAUGAAGUGGGUUGAGGUGCCGGGAUUCAACUUUGUGCACUCGGUCAAUGCUUGGGACGAGAAGGGAGGGGAGGAGGUGGUGUUGGUGGCAGCGAACAUCACGUCGGUGGAGCACCUGAUGGAGAUGAGGAUGGAUCUGAUGCACUGCUGCGUGGAAAUGGUGCGGAUUAACGUCAGGGAAGGGAAGGUGGUGGGGAGGAAGCCGCUGUCAGCAAGGAACUUGGAGCUUGGGGUGAUCAACCCCAAGUUCCUGGGGAGGAAGAACCGCUACACAUUCAUGGCGGAGGCAGAUCCGAACGGGAAGUGCGCAGCCAUCGUCAAACUGGACUUCGAUCUGGCCGGUGGGAAUGAUUGUGUGGUAGCGGCCAGGAGUUUUGGCCAAAGAUGCUUUGCUGGAGAGCCAUUUUUUGUGGGGAAGGAAGAAGGCAGCGGCGAAGACGAUGGCUAUGUCUUAACUUAUACACAUGAUGAAGGAAGUGGGGAGUCGAGUUUCGUGGUUAUGGAUGCCAAAUCCCCUACUCUCGACAUUGUGGCAUCUGUUAAGCUUCCACAUAGAGUGCCUUGCGGCUACCAUGGCCUCUUUGUCAGUGAAAAGGAUCUGCAGAAGCAGAAGAAUUGAAAAUGAUCGUAUACGUACAUACAUUCAUCAGUGCAUAUGUUAAUUUGUGUGGCUAUGUAUAUAGCAGAUUACACAGAAGAAAAAGAAGAAGAAGAAGAAUUGCAGCAGUAAAGGAGCAUAGAUUCUAUUGCCCAACCCUAGAGCAUCGUGUUUAGUGAGUAUGAAAAUAUUUUAUUCUAUAGAGAGUUUAU